UAUGAAUGUGUUAUUUUUAUUUGCAUUGUGUGUUCAUUGAUAUGAAAUAAUAAUUUAAUAAUCGGUUGGGAUUCUUCGUUUUGGUCAGAGCGAAAUCUCGUGCUGGUUGAUAUAACCAAUUAUAUAAAUGUAAAACGUCGCUUUUAUCGGAGAACAUGAAACAUCAAUCAGGAAGAAAAGGGGAGCGGAGCAGGUUGGAAAUGGAAGAGGAUUUGAUUUUGCAGCCACCGAAAAAGAGAUGAAGUCUAGAGCAGUGGAAGUUCCAUUAUGCUGAAUAUAAACAAUGGGCGGAUUGGUCUUUAGAUGAGACGUUGGUACCACCUUCCAUUCGCCCUGGCUUGAAGUCACAGCAUAUUUCAUAUCCGGUUUACCCAGUUAUAUGUUACCAUUGUCCUGGUAAAGUAAAGCUUUAUUUGGCUGCAGUCUCGGUAUUUAGAGUAGAUUUUGUAGUUAGAUUGCCAAUUUGUUGGGGACUGAGAAGAGUUUCACUCAACCACACCAUUGAACGGUGCGCGAAUCCUGCGCAUACUCAGCAUCGUCAGCUGCCGCUUCUCGAGACUCAAGCUAAAUUUGGUCAGAUCUGAGAUCUUGGAGGAUUGUUCUCAUCGAAUCCGUGUAGAAAAUAUAUCCAUAAAAGUUUGAAAAUACGACAGCCUCGAACAUCUCUGGCAUAUCGCUUGACAAACCACUCUCCAACCAUGGGUGGACGGACAGGAACGGCCAUACUGCUAUGUGUGUGGGCCUGUUUGCUGGUGGCCAACGUGCUUUGUGGGAAAAGCUCUGGACAGAAUGGCCAGACGGACGAGCAGAAAGACAACACAACAGUUUUCACCCGGAUCCUAGACAGUCUUCUAGAUGGCUACGACAAUCGUCUCAGACCAGGGUUGGGAGAGCGUGUAACUGAAGUCAAGACUGACAUUUUCGUGACGAGUAUUGGGCCCGUCUCGGACCAUGACAUGGAAUACACCAUUGAUGUGUUCUUCCGUCAAAGCUGGAAGGACGAGCGGCUAAAAUUUAAAGGGCCAAUGGCGGUUCUCCGUUUGAACAACCUGAUGGCCAGUAAAAUCUGGACCCCUGAUACAUUCUUUCACAAUGGCAAGAAGUCUGUGGCACACAACAUGACUAUGCCCAACAAACUCCUACGAAUCACAGAGGAGGGAACUCUGCUCUAUACUAUGAGACUGACUGUAAGGGCAGAGUGUCCCAUGCACCUGGAGGACUUCCCCAUGGAUGCCCAUGCUUGCCCACUGAAGUUCGGCAGCUAUGCUUACACCAGGGCUGAGGUUGUGUACGUGUGGACGAGAGGGGCAGCCCAGUCUGUUGUGGUGGCUGAAGAUGGCUCUCGGCUCAACCAGUAUGAUCUGAUGGGGCAAAGCGUGGACUCUGGGGUUGUACAGUCCAGCACAGGAGAGUAUGUUGUCAUGACGACACACUUCCACCUGAAGAGGAAGAUUGGUUAUUUUGUCAUCCAGACGUACCUGCCCUGCAUCAUGACGGUGAUCCUGUCCCAGGUGUCCUUCUGGCUCAACAGAGAGUCCGUCCCAGCCAGGACUGUGUUCGGAGUGACAACUGUGCUGACCAUGACCACCCUCAGUAUCAGUGCUAGGAACUCUCUCCCCAAGGUGGCCUAUGCCACAGCCAUGGACUGGUUCAUUGCAGUCUGCUAUGCCUUUGUCUUCUCCGCCCUCAUUGAGUUUGCUACAGUCAACUACUUCACAAAGAGGGGCUACGCCUGGGAUGGAAAAAGUGUGGUGCCAGAGAAGCAAAAGAAGAAGAAGGAGUCCCUCCUGAAGAAGAACAACACCACCGCCUACACUGCCGCCACUGCUACAGCCUUCGCUCCAAACAUUGCCAGAGAUCCUGGUUUGGCCACCAUUGCCAAAAGUGCUCCGCCUCCCCCCACCGAGCCCAAGGAAGAGCCCAAGCCCAAGCCACCAGAGGCCAAGAAGACCUUCAACAGCGUCAGCAAGAUCGACAGGAUCGCCAGAAUAGCCUUCCCCUUACUCUUUGGAACCUUUAACCUGGUCUACUGGGCAACUUACUUGAAUAAAAAGCCUAAGUUACAGGGUAUGACCCCAGGAUCCCACUAAUCUCAAUCCCUCUUUCUUUUUCCCCCGAAUGUUUAUUUUCUGAAAACAUGGUUUUCAUGCUGGUUGAAUUCCCAGUCGCCACAUUGCUUUAAUGUCAAAUACCUUCCAAGAUUUAAAAAAAAAAUAGAAAAGAGUAAAGGUCUUAGGAUCAAUGUGGUGACUAUUUCAUGGGAAUUGUUUUUGGGGGGAGGGAUUAUGCUACUAAAGAAAAUAUGCUAUAAAUAAUAUAUGAUAUACACAAGAGAAUGCUAUUCUACAAAUGCACAUAGCCCAACAAUUGUUAACUAUUAUUUGUUUUAGUUUUCUGAUAUAUGUUCAGUUGUUGUUUUGCAUUACAUUUUUAACACUGUAAAAGAAAUGUGUUUUUGCAUGGACUGGGCGUUUUUCUUUUUCAAAGAUCAAUCAACAUUUAUUUCACCAAUGGACCAGUUUGUUUGAUAUCAGUGACAAAAUGCUACCUUCAAUCUUCAUCAAAUAUUCCUCUAUUCUCUGUAGUUGAUGUUUUUAGGGUUUGUUCAUUUCCUUUUGUUGAAAGAAUCAAGAUAGGGGUUCAGCAAUAGCAAUAAAACAUGUCUCAAUGGAAACAACAUCAUUCAUUCAUCGAUUUUAGAAGAAGCUAAAUGAUUUUAUUGUUUCUAUGUGCAACAUUAGGAGUAAUAUGAAUUUAGUUGUUUUGUAAAUAUGAUCAAGUGUUAGAAAUGUCAACAUUAUGUUUAAGCUUUUCAAAGAGUAACUAAUGGUAUAGAUAUACAACUCCUGGCAAAAAAAGCUUUUCUUUCUUUAACUGUUUAUGAAACAUUGAAAAUAGUUUGUAUGAAGAGAGUAUUUACUGGUUCACUCCAAAGUGACUGUUUCUUACCAAGUCAGCGUUCCACUGAUCGCUGGUCAACGUUGCCAGUGCUUAUCAAGUUAUCAAGUACUUAUCAAGUAUAAGUUAAUAUAUAUUAAACUAAUUCCAUAGCUGUGUGUAUGUGUGUACUGACACCAGCAAUGUGUCAGGUCUGGGAUAGUAAUGAGUAAGAAUGUAAAACUGUCGAAGUCUAAAUGUCGGAAUGCAUUUUAUAUUUAGAAUUAAAAAACACUAUUAUUCUUUA